AUGAUCGGGGUCAGAAAAAGCAGACAUUCCCGCGCUUCGGGCCACACUUGUGGAGGGGACAAAGGCUUCAAAGAGAGUCAGCCUCACGCAGCCUAUCCGGGCUGCCACCGAACUCGCAUGCAGAUUCUGGAAAGGGCAAUCGUUUCCAGUCGGCAUCAUGGGAGUCAGAAUAUCCGCCUGCAACAACCAGGAGAGUUUCACAUGCUCGGAACAGCAGACGGCCCCGAAAUCCUCGGUCCCAGCAGCUCACUCAGCCAAUUCCCGUCCUGUUCCCCUCCGAAGUAUGCUUCUGGGGUAAACCGUCCGCGCGGAGACGCCGGAAGGAACUGCGUCAGGUACAAGGCAGUGCAGGAUUUUUUUCGUCCGCACCCCGCCUUGCAGAGGGUGAACUUGAGACCAAUGCACGUGCCAGGCCUUGUCCCUUUUCUAACCCCCCCUCGAUGCGAUGCGGCAAUUCCCUAA